CCUGCUGUCUUCUCAAGGUCUGCCUCCUACCCCCGUCUGUUCCCCCUGCCCCACCCUCUGCUUCCUCCCGUCUUUCACCAAGCUCUUUUUCUAUUUCUGCUUUCCCUGCCCUCCCAUCCUGUUCUCUCUCCUCUCCUCUUCCCUGGUGCCCUGUUCAGCUCUGUUCAGUCCCUCUGGCUGCCUUCCCUGGCCCCCUGUCCUUCUGUGCUUUCAUGUGGGACCCAUGGGAACCGGAGUUCAUAGCAAAACAGGAAGAGCCUGCGAGCAGGAAGUGGGAGUGAGUGGGGCAGGGGGUGAACAACCAGCAGUAACCUCAGCUCCUCGCCUCCCACAUCUGGACUGCAACAUCCCCAGGCCUCUCCGGCUAUCCCACCAGCACCUUGUCUUCCACCUCAGCACUUCCAGAGGCCAUUGGAUCCGAGAGGCAACGCGACAAGGGUGUUGUAGACGCUGCCACAGGACAAAGAAGGACAUCUGGAUUCAGACCCCAGCUUGGCCAGAAACUGUGUGUGGUCCUGGACGAGGGUCUGCCGCGAGCUCAGUAUUCUCUGUAAAAUGAGCUGGUGUUUUUUUUACCUCCCCUCUCUCCUGAGGCUGCUUUUAUGGGCCGAUAGUGAGGAUUUGCACACAGAGAGUUCACUGUAGAUUGGAGGUGGUAGGGGGCUCGGCACUGAAAGGAUCCCAUUUCCUGAGUGCUCGCCACAUGCCACACGUUGUGUUAUGAUGCUUAGUUUUCGGGACAACCUUAAGUGGCAACAACUGUUAUCCUUAUCUUAAAAAUAGGGAAGCAGAGGUUCAGAGGCUUAAUCCAGAUCACACAGCUAAUAAGAGGCAGAGGCAAGGCCAGGAUUUGAGCCAAAAAUGUGAGCCUAGAGCCCGAAUGCUAAAUCAACACGUGGAGCUGAAACCGAGCGAACAAGUAUAGAAGAGAACGGGCCCCUCUUUUGCUCGCUUGGCUCCUCACUGGGCUGGCGCUGGUCCCGGAGGCCCCUGGACAAGGAGCUGCACCAUCCUCUUCUCCCAGCAAGGGGGCUCCAGAGACUGCCCCAGCCAGGAAGUCUGGCUGCCUUGGGCAUUCGGACAGUCUCUUGGUAAUGUCCAAGGCUCCAGGAAGACAUGUCCCUGUGGCUGGAGGCCCCGGUGACUGGUGUUUCUCCUGACUCUGCACUGGAGCUGUGGGAGCCAGGUGUGCAAGAUGCAAGCCACCAGGGCCUGGGAGGCAGACCCUGCAUCCUCACAGAGGAGGCCAGCGCGCCCCAGUCGGCCGGGGCCACUUUGGGGCUCGGUCUGGAGGCAUCAGAGCCCACAGCCCUGCUCCCAGGAGCAGAGGCCCCUCCAGAGUCCACAGAGAUCCGUCCACAAAAGCGGAAAAAGGGGCCAGCCCCUAAAAUGCUGGGCAACGAGCUGUGCAGUGUGUGUGGGGACAAGGCCUCUGGCUUCCACUACAACGUGCUGAGCUGCGAGGGCUGCAAGGGCUUCUUCCGCCGCAGCGUCAUCAAGGGGGCGCGCUAUGCCUGCCACAGUGGGGGCCGCUGCCCCAUGGACACCUACAUGCGCCGCAAGUGCCAGGAGUGUCGCCUUCGCAAGUGCCGCCAGGCUGGCAUGAGGGAGGAAUGUGUCCUGUCAGAAGAACAGAUCCGCCUGAAGAAACUGAAACGGCAAGAGGAGGAGCAGGCUCAGACCACAUCCAUGCCCUCGGGGGCCUCCUCACCCCCCCAAGUCCUGCCCCAGCUCAGCCAGGAGCAGCUGGGCAUGAUUGAGAAGCUGGUGGCUGCCCAGCAACAGUGUAACAGACGUUCCUUCUCGGACCGGCUUCGAGUCACGCCUUGGCCCAUGGCACCGGAUCCCCAGAGUCGGGAGGCCCGGCAGCAGCGUUUUGCCCACUUCACCGAGCUGGCCAUCGUCUCUGUGCAGGAGAUUGUUGAUUUUGCCAAACAGCUUCCGGGCUUCCUGCAGCUCAGCCGGGAGGACCAGAUCGCCUUGCUGAAGACCUCUGCGAUUGAGGUGAUGCUUCUGGAAACAUCUCGGCGGUACAACCCUGGGAGUGAGAGUAUCACCUUCCUCAAGGACUUCAGUUAUAACCGGGAAGACUUUGCCAAAGCAGGGCUGCAGGUGGAGUUCAUCAACCCCAUCUUCGAGUUCUCCAGAGCCAUGAAUGAGCUGCAGCUCAAUGAUGCCGAGUUCGCUUUGCUCAUUGCCAUCAGCAUCUUCUCUGCAGACCGGCCCAACGUGCAGGACCAGCUCCAGGUAGAGAGGCUGCAACACACAUAUGUGGAGGCCCUGCAUGCCUACGUCUCCAUCCACCACCCCCAUGACCGACUGAUGUUCCCACGGAUGCUGAUGAAACUGGUGAGCCUCCGGACACUGAGCAGCGUCCACUCGGAGCAAGUGUUCGCGCUGCGCCUGCAGGACAAAAAGCUUCCCCCGCUGCUCUCUGAGAUCUGGGAUGUGCACGAGUGACUGUUCUUAACCCACUCUCAGUUGUUUUCCGGGCUGGAGGGUGAGGCCUGGUGGCCGCCUCCUAGAGGUGGAGCAGGCUGAGAAGGGCAAACGUUCCUGGGAGCUGGGCAAAGCGGCAUUAAAGAGUCAGAGAGUUGGGAGUUUUGUGGCUGCUGGGCAGGAAGGGUCCUAAUAAAGCGUUGCUGCGUUUGGAGCCUGGACUGGCCCAACCCAAAGGACAAACCUAGGGGCCACUUUGCACAAGGUUCUCCAGGGCCCUGCCCAUCCUGCCUCACCACUUCCUGUUUUCCCCGCAGGGCCCCCGAGAGAAAUUCUCCACUGUCACUUUGUGGCUCGGCCCUCAGUGUCUCGGGCUGCCCCGCUGACAGGGCUGGCACUGCCCUGUACAGAACGAGAGAAACCAACUUCUGGGUCGGGGCGGGGGCCGGGCCCCGGAGG